AUGGGGGUUGUGGUUGGAGUUGUGGCGGAUGGUGGCCGUUGUGGAAUACGGAGAAUGGAAGAUGGUGAUAGACGGGGAUGGGAGAUGCAUCUGACACCAACAGUCCGAUGCAGAUUCCAGUCACCAGAUUCCGGCACCGACGUCCACCACCCAUGUCCGCAGCUCCAAACCCACUGCAGCCACUGCCGCGCCUUCAUCCCUCUACCUGACCUCUGCGGCCAAUCUAAUCCGACUGUUCAGGCUAUCUGCCGCCGCCUGAAGGUCACCGUCCGCCGCCACUACCACAACCACCACCCUCAUCUCAAACACCACACGCACAGACGCAAAGACACAAUACACCCACACACAAUAUCACGCCAGCGAUUUUUCAGUUGCCAUUUCCGCUCGAUAGCCACCGCCAUGCCCACCAUCACAGCGACAUAA